AUGUACAAGUCGGAUACAUGUUCGACUGAAUCUGCCACAAAUGCUUCUUCCUUGCAACAGCCUGAAAUAGAAACGAUGGUGGUAAAGAAGAAGAAGAGUAGCACAAAGGCAUUAGUGAAGCGUCUACUAGGCAUCGUGGUUGAAUUAUCAUCUAAAGUAGACCGUGUAUUGGAAGAAAAGGAUGAGCCAAACAAACGGUUUGUAAAGGAUGAUGAGGAAGAUGAGGAAGAGGAGGAGAUGAUAAACGAAGAGGGUGAAGAAGAAUAUUGCCAUGAUACGCAAUUCGACUAUGCUGGUUUGGAGGAGAAAGUUGCGCCUACACCUACGGAGCCAUCACCAGACUUGGGUGAACAUGACACAAAAAUAGUGACUCCUAUUGGUAGGCCGCAACGAAAGAGGGCUCCAGUAUGGUAUCAGCGCACUCCGUUCACAGUGGUGCAAUCGACAGCAAAAUUAAAGAAAAUUAGCAAGACAAGGAAGAAAAAAAUAGAGGAGAGUCCUAAAAAAACAAAUGAGGACAUUGUCAAUACAGAGAGUAGUGACGUUCCUUCAAACAAUCUCUUGUUGGAUAGUAUUUAUGCUACUAGUCCGAUGAGUUUUUGGCAAGAAUGGAAUUUAAUCUCUCCCAAACUGAUCACUAAACAUUGGUUGCAUAUCCUCCCACUAGAUACGGAUUUUUGGGCGAGGUUACUUUCUGUUAGUGACAAAGGGUGUAUAUGGAGAUCCCAGUUGAUGGAAAGGCGGCCGACGAAUGCUCGGUGGACUCUAUAUCCUGAAGGAAUCAAUUUGGAACCCGGAAAAUCAUAUUUAUUUAGGAAUGUAGUAGAUGGUUUUGGAGGUUGUCAUGAAUGGAAGGAUGUGGAUACGGUUAUAUUUGUAAUAAAUGUUGUGCAUGCCCAUCGGUUUUUGGCGGUUCUACAUUUAGAUACCUGGAAAGUAGAAAUUUUUGAUUCAGCACGAGUUGCGGAGAUGGAUGUCAUUGAGUACUGGAAGCAUUUCCCUAUUGGACACAGAGACAAUGCAAAGGUCGAGUUUGUUGAUGUUGUAGACGCCCCACAACAAGAAUAUAGUAUUGAAAGAGGGGAUUGGGGAGUAUUUGUAUGCAUGUUUAUGGAAAUGAUUGUUUAUGGGGUACCAGUGGCGAUUUCAAGGACAUCUAGAGAAGCUGCAUUUCUGUACAGAAAUAAGAUGGCAAAUGUUAUUUGGGAUACUAUAUAA